AUGGUACAAUCCUCCAUCCUUUACCAUAACGCAGCAAAUACAAUCUUCCUGAUCGACAUUCCUGCUUCUAUUGCCCUCGCACAGGAUUUGUCCGCAGUCCAGCACGGACCACCGACUUCAGCAUGGAAUUCUCGACCUGGGUCUCCGUCACCCCAGACAAGAAACCAUGCGAGACCCGCCCUAUUAUCGUCAGCACCUCUAAGGGAGCCGUACGGUGCGUCGACGGAACCCAAAACAGAAGCUGCGCGCGCAAGAGUCCUCGCGCGGACUCCCGCGUCCGAACGCGUCUUGCAGACUGAGACCAUUGAGCCUCUGGUUCGGGAUGCGCUGGCAGAGCUCAAGCGGGAUGUCCCGAGGAGCGUAGAUUGGUGUUUGGAGCGAGUCCUGCAGAGGCACGAGGCAGGAAGCCAGCGCUCCGCGAAGAGGAAAAGAGAUGCCGUGGCCGUGCGGAGCGACGCAGCCCUCCCCAUCCCGGACGAUGAAUGCCAUUGCUUUGUGGAUCCUAGCAGGAGCGUGGCUGCGUCCUGGCACACCCCGUUGCCGCCUCCUCCUCCUCCUCCUCCUCCUGUUAUCCUCUCGCCGGAACCAGAUGGAAAUGUCUUCGGAUCCAUGUCGGAGCUGUGCAAUAUCGUGGUCAGGAAUCCGUCUGCGGAGCAAGCGCUUCUGGACAUCCGAUGCACGGCAGGUGCGGAGACUGUACAGCCGCAGCAGACGCAUCAACAAGUAUAUCUCGUGCCGCCAGCGUGCAGCUUCCUGCUGUGCACGUUGCCUUUGCAAGUCGAGGGGCCCAUUCCUGGCCUUCCGCCGAGUCGGAAAUUCAAUCUGAUCCUCCUCGACCCGCCGUGGGCGAAUCGCUCCGUCCGCCGCAGCGGCCAUUACCAGGUCCAGUCGCGACAAGGGAUGGAUCUGUUGGGUGGGGGUCUAGGGGCAAUACUCAAGACGCACAUACAGGACGGCGUCGCGGCGCCGUCCCUUGCGGCGAUCUGGAUCACCAAUGCCGCGAAGGCGCGGAAAGCGGCAUACGAUGCGUUCAGCGAGGCGGGCCUUGCUGUGUGUGAGGAGUGGGUGUGGAUCAAGACGACGACGCGCGGGGAGCCCAUCACGCCGGUGGAGGGCGUCUGGCGGAAGCCGUAUGAGAUUCUUGUGAUUGGGAGGAAGAGGGUCUCGGGCUGCGAGGGUGCUGGUGUUGUGAGGAGGGUUGUUGCUGCGGUUCCGGACGUGCAUUCUCGGAAGCCGAAUCUGAAGGAGGUCUUUGAGCGGGUUUUUUUUGCGCAGCUGCGUCGGGCAUCUGCGCCGUCGUCCUCUGCUGGUUUGGUGGGUGAUACUUGCUUGUCGUAUUCGGCGCUGGAUGUGUUUGCGCGGAAUCUGACAGCGGGCUGGUGGGCUUGUGGGAAUGAAGCUUUGAAGUUUAACUCGAGGGAAUGGUGGGAGCAGCCUUGA